GACAGCGCCGAGUUCGUGCCGGAAUGGGCGGCGCAUCCUGCCCUCCGUGCGCGACCCGUGUCCUGAGGGGACGCCGCGGCGCCCGCGCCAUGGGCCCCCUCCUCCGGGCGGGGCGCAGUUGGAGCGCGGCGCGCCCUGCCCCGGGAUGGCCGCAGAUGGCCGCCCAGCGGCCGGGUUUUCUCGGGCCCGAGCCGUGGCCGGUGGCGCCGCGCGGGGCCGGGAGGCGCCGGCCUGUGAUUGGCCGAGGCCGCCGUGAAUGCAGGACAUUGUCUGGUCGCGGCCGUCUCUGUCCCUGCCCGCCGCCCUUCCACAGACCAAGAUGGGUGCGGAGCGAGGGCUCUGGUCGCCAAGGUGCCCGCGGGCCAGGGAGUGCCUUCAAUGGUGGGAACAGCACAGUGGGAAAACGUAACUUUUACGAGAUCACGGAUUCUGAGAAUGGCAAAAGGUGAGCCUGUGGCUGCCAGAGAGCCGUCUGUGCUUAGUUUGCUGCGGAAAGUCAAGCAUGUCUGUCACCUUUGAAGAGAAACACCCCCCGAAAUUUGCAUCUCUGUUCUCUUUUAACCAGACAUGGACAUGGGCAGUAGCACAUGGGAAAGUCUGCUCACCUUCUGCUUUUCGGUGUUUUCUCUUUCUCUUUGUUCUUUUUCUUCUCUCAGGCCUGUGGCUUCAUGGGACCCCGAGAAUACCGGCUGGCCAUGUUGGGUACAUCGGGUUGGUGUCCAUCCCAGCAGAGGUGCUGGUGUCCACACUCAGUAUCGGCCGAAGGCUGCCAAGUCACUCAGUUCUUCAGAAGACGGAGAAAGGAGGGGAGACCAAGAAUGCGUGACAGGAAUUUGGGGGUUCAGUAGCAUAAAGCUGAGAGAAAGGGCUGGUACUUUCAAGACAUUCCCCCCCUCCCCUUUCUUCUUCAGUCUGUACCUUCGGCUGAGAAGUGGCACAUCCUUCAUGACAAUCAAGGGUAGAGGGUUGCUGCCUCUCAGAUUCCCCUUGGCCUCUAGAGGCCUGGUGCUACAGGCAGUAGACAGGUCAUGCUCCUGGGGAGCUCUGCCAAAGUCCGGGGGAAAGGGGCUUUCAGUCUCAAAUCAUUCCCUGUUAUUGCUUGUUCACGGUGCCUGUAUCGGGAGGGUUAAGAAAUUAGAAAUAAAAUUAUU